AUGGCCGUGCCACAGCCCUGCCACGGGCCUGCCCCGGCUCUGCCACGGGCCUGCCACGGCCCUGCCACGGCCUUACCACGGCCCUGCCACGGCCCUGCCACAGCCCUGCCACAGGCCAGACGAAGGCUCAACAGGAUGAAUCAGAGCGCACCAUUGGAAAAGAGCAAAAAUAACACAAAGAUCAAGCACAACAAGGCUAUGGGGGCCCGUGUGUGGGUGAGGGAGAAGGAGCAGCUGGUCCCCUCCACUGUCAACUCCUGUGCGGAUGGAACGCUUGUUGUCACCACUGACUAUGGAGAGGUGUUGUACCUGCAGCAGGCAGAGGUCACCAGGGAGCGGGUGUAUGCCAUGCACCAGUCCAGCAUCGAUGGGGUGGAGGACAUGUCUGCACUGGCCGAGCUGCAUGAGGCCGCCAUCAUGCAUAACCUGUACCGGCGCUACCAGAAGGAUAGCAUCUAUACCAACAUCGGCAGCAUCCUGGCAGCUGUGAACCCCUACAAACAGAUUUCAGGUCUGUAUGACCCAGAGAGAGUGGACCGGUACUCUAAACACCACUUGGGGGAGCUGCCACCGCACAUCUUUGCCGUAGCCAACGAGUGCUACCGCUGUAUCUGGAAACGCCACGACAGCCAGUGUAUCCUCAUCAGUGGUGAGUCAGGGGCUGGGAAGACAGAGAGCACUAAACUGUUGCUUCAGUUUCUGUCUGUCAUGAGCCAGAACUCAGCUGGGACUCCUCCAUCAGAGAAGACCACACGUGUGGAGCAGGCCAUUGUACAAAGCAGCCCAAUCAUGGAGGCAUUUGGUAAUGCCAAGACUGUGUACAACAACAACUCCAGCCGCUUUGGGAAGUUCAUCCAGCUUCACUUCUCUGAGAGCGGCAACAUCCAGGGAGGCUGCGUCAUCGACUACUUACUGGAAAAGAACCGUGUGGUCCGACAAAACCCUGGAGAGAGAAACUACCACAUCUUCUACGCUCUGCUGGCAGGAGCCAAGACGGAGCAUAAAGAGCUGUACUUCCUGGGAGACCCGCCGGAGUCCUUCCAUUACCUCAGCCAGUCCGGCUGCUUGAAGGACAAGAGCCUCAAUGACAAAGAACUCUUCAACAGUGUCAUGGAGGCGCUGAAGGUGUUGGAGUUCACAGAGGAGGAGAUCAGAGACAUGUUUAAGCUGCUGUCAGGAGUUUUACAGCUGGGAAACAUCGAGUUCAUGACUGCAGGAGGGGCGCAGAUUACAACCAAGCAAGUGGUCAGUAAUGCCAGUGAGCUUCUGGGCCUGGACUCCUUCCAGCUGUCCGAGGUCCUGACUCAGCGCUCCAUAAUCCUCAGAGGAGAAGAGAUCUGCUCCCCGCUCACCAUAGAGCAGGCUGUGGAUUCCCGGGACUCGGUUGCCAUGGCAUUGUAUUCCCAGUGUUUCUCCUGGAUCAUCCUCAAGAUCAAUCAGAAGAUCAAAGGGAAGGAAAACUUCAAAUCCAUCGGCAUCCUUGACAUCUUUGGCUUUGAGAACUUCAAGGUGAAUCGGUUUGAGCAGUUUAACAUCAACUAUGCCAAUGAGAAGCUCCAGGAAUACUUCAACAAGCACAUCUUCUCCCUGGAACAGUUGGAGUACAACAGGGAAGGUGUCCAAUGGGACGCUAUAGACUGGAUGGACAAUGCAGAAUGUCUUGAUCUCAUAGAGAAGAAACUGGGCAUGCUGGCCCUUGUCAACGAAGAAAGCCGCUUUCCGAAAGGAACAGACUUCACCCUGCUCGAGAAGCUGCACAGCAGACACUCAACAAAUCCCUACUAUGUGAAGCCCAGGCUUGCCGACCAUCAGUUUGGUAUCAAACACUAUGCUGGGGAGGUCCUAUAUGAUGUCAGAGGGAUCUUGGAGAAGAACAGAGACACCUUCAGAGACGAUAUCCUCAACAUGCUGAAGGACAGCAGACUGGACUUCAUCUAUGACUUGUUUGAGAAAGUGGGCAGCAGGAAUAAUGAGGAGACUCUGAAGAUGGGGACAGCCAGACGCAAACCCACCGUGAGCUCCCAGUUCAGGGACUCACUCCACGCUCUCAUGGCCACCCUGAGUGUAUCUAACCCCUUCUUCAUUCGCUGCAUCAAGCCCAACAUGGAGAAGAAUCCAAACGUGUUUGAUCCAGAGGUAGUUUUGAAUCAGCUGAGGUAUUCUGGGAUGUUGGAGACGGUCAAAAUCCGUCGGGCCGGGUUUCCUGUCCGUCGAACUUUUAAAGACUUCCUCUCUCGGUACAAGAUCAUUCUGAAGGACAAAGUGACGGCAGCAGGAGACGAUAAGAAAAGAACAACAGACCUGCUGAUUAGAUAUGACAAGACAAAGAAAGAGUGGCAGCUGGGAAAGACCAAGGUGUUUAUGAAGGAGUCCCUGGAGCAGCAUUUGGAGAAAGACAGGGAUGAGGUCCGCCGUCAGGCUGCCAUGAUCAUCAGGGCUCAUCUGCUGACUUUCUCUGCCAAGAAGCACUUCAAGCGUGUCCGCAGCAGUGUCAUCACGCUUCAGAAACACUUCCGCAAACACUUCCUGCGCGGGCAGUUCGUGAAGCAGCGCAGAGCAGCCCUGGUGCUGCAGAAACACAGGCGUGGCCAGGUGGCGCGGACCCGCGUCAGACAAAUGAGAGAGGAGAAGAAGAAAAAGGAGGAAGAAAAGAAGAAGAAAGAAGAAGAGGAGAAGAAAAAGCAGGGACAGGCAGAGCAGGAUGGAGUGAAAGGAGGAGCAGAAGAGAAGGAAACUAUAUCUACUGAGGACGAGGCCCGUCAGAUGGAGGAGAUCCUGCAAUUGGAGAGAGAGAUCGAGCGCUUGCAGAGGAAGAGAGAGGAUGGGGUGUCCCAGCUAUGCGAGUCCUCUAAACAGGAGCUGCAGCUACGAAGGGAUGCUGAGCUCAAACGGAUGAAGAAGGAGGCCUCCCGCAAGGCCACAGAACUCAUCGACCUCCUGAACUUAGGAAGUCUGGAUCCCGAGCUUGGAGCGGUGGUGCCAAAGGCCUCCGCAGAGGCGAAAUCCCGGGAGAGAGCCAGCACUGCCUCAGCCAAACCCAAAGAAGAGGAGGUGGACGAGGGCUUCCACGCUGAGGAAGAAUGCAUCCCUCUCCCAGACUUUCCUCCUCCAGCCGAGACAGGCACCUCCGUGGACCAGGAGAUUUUCAGCCAGCUCCCCCCUCCCCCGCCUGCCUUCGCAGAGGGAACGGUGCCCACUGCACCAGUGCCUCCCCUGCUUCCCCUACCUGCAGACAGUGCUGCCGCUCCAGGCCUCCCCCUGCUUCCUCCUCUCCUGCUGCCCGAGGAAGGCUCUGCCUCACAUCCCCCACCACCACCUCCUCCUCCCCCUCCUCCAGGGGAGGGGCUAGAGGGAAUGAAGUUGGAGCCCGGGAGGAAGGUGAGCAUGGCUGAGAGCCUCGGAGACGGGGAGGAACCCAUCUAUAGCAUGCCGGCCGACACCGAGUCUGACUAUGACCAGGAGGAGGAGGAAGGCUCCGUCACAGCCGGUGAUGACAGCUCCGUGUCCGGGAGCAACCGCGGGAGCACCGCUGUGGCGGAUGAGGAGCACCCGAGGAAAUCGACCUGCACCAACGCCAGUAUUGAGUCCUACAGAGGCAGCUCCGACUCAUAUGCGGACAGUGAUGAUGAACACGAUGGCUUGGUGGACACUGAUGAAGAGGUGAUAAACGGCAGGGUGAGCGUGCUCAAUGGAAAUGGACCGCCGUAUUUCCACAGCUACCUCUACAUGAAAGCCGGUCUGAUGAUACCAUGGCGGAGGCGUUGGUGUGUGUUGAAGGAUGAGACCUUCAUGUGGUUCAGAUCCAAACAGGAGUCUCUCAAGUCAGGCUGGCUCUAUAAGAAGGGAGGAGGCCUCGCCACGCUCUCACGCAGGUUGAACUGGAAGAUGCGUUGGUUCGUGUUGAGGGACAGCAAGCUGAUGUACUUUGAGAAUGACAGUGAGGAGAAACUGAAAGGAACCAUUGACAUCCGGGCCGCCAAAGAGAUAGUGGAUAACCAUGAAAAGGAGAAUGCUCUGAACAUUGUGACGGAUGAGAGGACCUACCAGGUGUUUGCCGAGUCGCCAGAGGAUGCCAGCGGCUGGUUUAAUGUGCUCAGCAAGGUGCGUGUCUGCACUCCUGAACAGCUACUAGAGAUGUCCCAUGAACAGGCCAACCCAAAGAAUGCUGUGGGCACUCUCGACGUGGGGCUGAUUGAUUCGGUCUGUGCCUCUGACAACCCUGAUCGCCCCAACUCUUUUGUGAUCAUCACGGCCAACCGUGUGAUCCACUGCAACACCGACACGCCAGAGGAGAUGCAUCACUGGAUCAGUCUGCUGCAGAAGCCCAAAGGAGACGCCAAGAUAGACGGGCAGGAGUUUCUCGUCAGGGGAUGGCUCCAAAAGGAAAUGAAGACCAAUGCCAAGAGCACCUCCCUGAAGCUGAAGAAGCGCUGGUUCGUUCUCACUCACAACUCCCUGGAUUACUACAAGAGCUCGGAGCGCAACUCCUCCAAGAUGGGAACUCUGGUCCUCAACUCCCUCUGCUCCGUCAUCCAGCCCGAUGAGCGGGUGCACAGAGAGACAGGCUACUGGAACAUUAUAGUGCAUGGGAGAAAGCACUCCUACCGCCUCUAUACCAAGAUGCUGAAUGAGGCCAUGAGAUGGACAGCAGCCAUACAGGGAGUCAUAGACAGCAAGACUCCCAUAGAAACACCUACUUUGCAACUCAUCAGAGACAUUAAGGAGAACAGCGUGAACCCAGAUGUGGUUGAACAAAUGUACAGGAGGAACCCCAUCCUCAGAUACACUCAGCAUCCUCUACACUCCCCUCUGCUACCGCUGCCCUAUGGGGAGGUCACCAGCCUGCAAAGGCAGCAGGGUUACGCCAGUCUUCAGGAUGAGGCGGUGCGAGUGUUCAACUCCCUGCAGGAGAUGGAGACGCUGGCAGACACGGUGCCCAUCAUACAGGGCAUUCUGCAGACCUGCCAGGACCUGCGCCCCCUCAGGGAUGAGGUGUAUUGUCAGGUGAUCAAGCAAACCAAUCACGUACCUCAGCCUAACAGCCCAGCCAAUAGGGCACAUUGGCACCUGCUCACCUGUAUGAGCUGCACCUUCCUGCCCAGCCGAGCCAUUCUCAGAUACCUGCGCUUUCACCUAAAGAGGGUGCGUGAGCGUUACCCAGGCACAGAAAUCGAGCGUUACGCAGGUUUUAUCGGGGAAUCACUGAAGAAGACCAAGACUCGUGAGUUUGUUCCAUCUCAGGAGGAGAUCGCCGCCCUACUGGUGAGACAGGAGAUGAGCACCACUGUUUACUGCCAUGGAGGAGGCUCCUGCAAGAUCUCCAUCAACUCGCAUACUACAGCUGGAGAGGUUGUGGAGAAGCUAAUUCGAGGCUUGGCCAUGGAGGACAGCAGGAACCUGUUCUCUCUGUUUGAACACAACACAUUCACAGACAGAGCUUUGGAGAGCAGGGUCAUUGUUGCAGAUGUCCUUGCCAAAUUUGAGAGAUUGGCAGGAAGUGAAGAAGAGGAGGAGGAAGGAGAGUGGAGGCUCUAUUUUAAGCUCUACUGCUUCCUGGAUGUAGAGAGCAUGCCCAAAGAAGGGGUGGAGUUUGCUUUCAUGUUUGAGCAGGCCCAUGAGUCUCUGAUCAGUGGUCACUUCCCUGCCUCUGAGGAGACUUUGCAGCACCUAGCCGCUUUACGGCUGCAGUAUCUCCACGGCGAUGGAGCGGGAAGGGCCGGUUGGAGCCUGGGCAGUGUUUAUCCAAUCGGGCGUCUCCGCAAUCGCAUCCUCCACUCCACCAAACAGGGUGCCGGUUCAGCGGGUGGAGUUGGAGGUGGAGGAAGUGGGGGAACAGGGGAAGGGAAGGGGGUAGCAGGAGGUCCGGGCGGUAUAGCUGUGGGGUCAGAGAAACGUAGGACCCCAAGUUUCCUAGAUGGCACCUUGAGGAGAAGCUUCAAAACCGGCUCGCUGAAGAAACAGAAGGUGGAGGAGGAGCAAAUGCUGGAGAUGUGGGUCAAAGAGGAGACCUCAGCCACACGGACCAGUGUUCUGGAGAAGUGGACCCGGCUACAGGGCAUGCCCCAGCACCAGGCCAUGCUCAAAUACAUGAGCAUUGUCAAAGAGUGGCCAGGUUAUGGAUCCACGCUGUUUGAUGUGGAGUGUAAAGAGGGUGGUUUCCCUCAUGAUCUGUGGCUGGGUGUGAGCGCUGACAACGUGUCUGUUUAUAAGAGGGGCGAGCCCAAGCCACUGGAGACCUUCCAGUAUGAGCACAUCACCUUCUUCGGGGCUCCGCAGCCCUGCACUUACAAGAUCAUUGUGGACGAGCGGGAGAUGUUCUUCGAGACGCCAUUGGUGGGGGAGAUCGCCAAGAUCAUGAAGGCCUACAUUAACAUGGUGGUGAAGAAACGUUGCAGCGUCAUGUCCGUCUCCAGCGUCACAAGCUCGUGGAUCAGGUGA